CGAAGUCAAAUGGUAGGAAACAAAGAUUGAGAGAAAUACGAGGAGCUGAUCGUAAAUACAACUCUUAUGAGUUUCCAGUUUCAGAAGCCAAAAAAAUCCGUUUUCCUUCUCUCCUUUUCUCUCUCUCGCCAAGUUUACCUUUCCAUGGCGCUUCCUCACCAUUUCAGAGACUUUUGCGGGAUCGACGGCCAGAUUUCACCAGCAUUAGGGUUCGAAAGCUCCGCGAAUCUCCAUGAGCAUCCUCCGUAUAUUCCUCCUUUCCACGUUCCCGGUUUUGCACCUGGACCGGUUUUGCAAACCGACUGUUCUGAUGUUGGCGCUGGCUUCGAGUGGAACAGCAUCUAUGGUCGAAAGAGUCUAAAGGAAAUGGAUUUCAUGGAGAACAAUUCUCAGUUAUCUUCAAUUGAUUUUUGGCAAGGCCGGUCUGUCUCAACCGGUUUGGGUCUCUCCCUUGACAAUGCUAAUGGCUCGGCUUUGUUGUCGCUCGUCGGAGACGAUGUUGAUCAGGAGUUACUGAGGCAGGAUUCAGAAAUCGAUCGAUUUAUCAAGAUUCAGGGAGACCAAUUACGGCAUGCCAUCCUUGGGAAGAUCCAGAAGAGUCAGCAUAAAACCGUGUCACUCAUGGAGGAAAGAGUGAUCCAGAAACUUCGUGGAAAAGACGAGGAACUCGAGAUGAUAAACCGAAAGAACAAGGAACUCGAGGUGCAAAUUGAACAGCUUACAGUGGAAGCCGAGGCAUGGCAACAACGUGCGAACUACAACGAGAACAUGAUCGCUGCUCUCAACUACAAUCUCGAACGCGCUCACGGUCGGCCGAGAGAGAGCAAUAUGGAAGGAUGUGGAGACAGCGAAUUGGAUGACGCUGCCUCUUGCUUCAAUGGUAAGGCGACGAUGAUGAUGUGCAGGUUUUGUGGAGUGAGAGAGGUGUGUAUGUUGUUGUUGCCGUGUAAGCAUAUGUGUUUGUGUAAGGAGUGUGAGAGGAAGCUUAGCUCUUGUCCUUUGUGUCAAUCUUCUAAGUUUCUAGGGAUGGAAGUCUACAUGUGAGAUGAUAUUUGACCCAAGCUAAAAACUCUAAUUAGCUAACGAACUCGUUUGUAACUUAUCUUGCUUUCUGGACUUUAUGCUCGAUUGCCCUA